AUGUUCAGUCAAAAUUCAGCUGUUGUAAUUCAUAAGGCAAUUCAUACUGGAGAGAAACCUUACAAGUGUAAUGAAUGUGGCAAGGAUUUUAAUCGCAAAGCAAAGCUUGCACGUCAUUAUAGACUUCAUACUGGAGAGAACGCUUACAAGUGUAAUAAAUUUGGCAAGGUUUUUAAUCAACAAGCACACCUUGCACGUCAUCAUAGAACUCAUACUGGAGAGAAACAUUACAAGUGUAAUGAGUGUGGCAAGACCUACUCUCACAAUUCAGUCCUUGUAAUUCAUAAGACAAUUCAUACUAGAGAGAAACCUUACAAGUGUAACAAGUGUGGCAAAACCUUCCAUCACAAUUCAGUCCUUGUAAUUCAUAAAACAACUCAUACUGGAGAGAAACUUUACAAGUGUAAUGAAUGUGGCAAGGUUUUCAAUCAACAAGCACACCUUGCACGUCAUCAUAGAAUUCAUACUGGAGAGAAACCUUAGAAAUGUGAAGAAUGUGACAAAGUUUACAGUCGCAAAUCAAGCCUCGGAAGACAGGAGAAUUCAUACUGGAGAGAAACCAUAAAAAUGUAAGAGUUUUUGACAAGGCUUUCAGACGUGAUUCACACCUGGCACAACAUCCUAGAGUUUACACUGGAGGGAAACCUUACAAGUGUAAUGAGUGUGUCAAAGCCUUUAGUGGGCAGUCAACACUUAUUCACCAUCAGGCAAUCCAUAGUGUAGGGAAACUUUACUAACGUAAUGAUUCUCACAGCGUCUUCAGUAACGCUACAACCAUUGUAAAUCACUGGAGAAGCCAUAAUGAAGAGAGAUCUUACAAAUGUAAUAAUUGUGGCAAAUUUCUCAGACAUCGUUCAUACAUUGCAGUUCAUUGGCGAACUCAUGCUGGAGAGAAACCUUACAAAUGUCAUGACUAUGGCAAGGUCUUCAGUCAAGCUUCAUCCUUUGCAAAACAUAGGAGAAUUCAUACAGGAGAGAAACCUCACAAGUGUGAUGAUCGUGGCAAAGCCUUUACUUCACAUUCUCACCUCAUUAGACAUCAGAGAAUCUAUACUGGACUGAAAUCUUACAAAUGUCAUCAGUGUGGCAAGGUCUUCAGUCCGACUUCACUCCUUGCAGAAUAUCAGAAAAUUCAUUUUUCAGGUAAUUGUUCCCAAUGCAGUGAAUAUAGCAAACCAUCAAGCGUUAAUUGACAUUAGAGUCAGUUCAGCAUUGACUUGAGUUUGAGUUGAGUUAACGUUGAGUUCAAGCAUUAAUUGACAUUAAAGUGUUUAUGUUAAGAGGACUAGCUGUGUGGCGUGGCUCACACCUGUAAUCCCAGCACUUUGGGAGGCCAAGGCGGGUAGAUCACUUGAGGUCAGGGGUUUGAAAUCAGCCUGGACAACAGACCUGAGCCAUCUUUCCCAGCCUGUUUUUUGUUUCUUUAACAAAAACUGAUAGGGAUUUUUAUGGGUAUUGUAUUGAAUCUAAAUUACAUUGGGUUAUAUAAUCAUUUAACAUAUUAAUUUUUCCAAACCAUCAAUAUGGGUUGUAUCUCUAUAUAUGUUUUUAAUCAUUUUGAUCAAUUUUUGUUGAUUUCAAGGUACAAACUUCUCACCUUUUUACGUUUAUUCCUAAGUAUUUCUUUAAGUUCUCCAGCAAAUGGAAGGGUGUUAAAAUUUUCUUUGAAAAUUGUUUAUUGUUAAAAUAUGGAAAUUCAACUAAUUUUUGGUGCUGAUACUGUAUUGUGCAAAUCCACUGAAUAUGUUUGUUAGUUCCAGUACUAUUUUGGUUGAGUCUGUGAUUUUCUACACAGAAGAUCAUGUCAUCUACAAACAAAUACAAUUUUACUUCUUUCUUUCUGAUUUGGAUGAGUUUGACUUCUUUUGCUAUUUAAUUGCUCUGGCUAGGACAGGCAGUGUUCAUUGAAUAGAAGGGGUGAGAGCAUUCUUGCAUCACAUGAGAUCCUAUAGGAAAAGCAUUCCAUUUUCCCUGCUUGGUUAUCUACACGUUGGUCAUUUCAUGGAUGGUCUUUCUAUUGUUGAGGUAAAUUUCCUUUUCUAUCUAUUUUGUGUAGGAUUUGUAUGAUGACUGGAUUUUGAACUUUGUGAAAUGCCUUUUCUCCAUCUAUUAAAAUGAUGUGGUUUUCAUCUGUCAUUGUGUUCCAGUGGUAUAUUACAUUGAUUUGCUUGAAUAUGUUGAACCAUCCUUGCAUCCCAGAAAUAAGUGGCACUUGAAUAUCUACAAUCCUUUUUAUAUUCUCUUGAAUACAGUUUUCUAGUACAAGAGAUCUUCAAGAAGUUCAUGGAAAAAUACAUAUUAUGAGAAAAUUGUGCAUGAAUUUUACAAUGUUUGCACAAAAUAAACUGGUACAAAUCUGUUAAAACAUGUCUGAACAGGCUCUAGUUUGAGGCACUCAGAAGGAUAAGACAUGAGUUUGAAAACAGACUCUAUCAAAGCAAUAUACAUUCUGCUAAAAUUAAAACAAGAAGAAACAUCAAAUUUACAGGGAGACCAGGUGCAGUGGCUCAGGUCUAUAAUCCCAGCACUUUCCGAGGCUGAGACAGGUGGGUCAUAUGAGUCCAGGUAUUCAAGACCAGCCUUGGCAACAUGGUGAAACCCCCUUUUCUACAAAAAAUACAAAAAUUAGCUGGUCAUAGUGGCAAUGUCUGCAAGGCAGGCUGCUGUGGAGUCUGUGGUGGGAGGAUGGCUUGAGCCUGGGUGGUCGAGGCUGCAGUGAGCUGUGAUGAUGCCACUGCACUCCAGCGAGGGUGAUGUAGCGAGAUACUGUCUCAAAAAAAGAAUACUUACAAUAAAGUUUGGGUAGAGGAAUAAUGAAAUCAUUGAUGCUUUAUGAAAAGGUUAUGGAGACGAUGCCCACAAGAAAUAAACAGUUUGUAAAUGGAUAACUCAUUUUGAGUUGGGACAAGACAAUGUUGAAGGUGAUGCAUGGAGUGGCAGGCAGGCCAUCCACAUUAGUUUCUGUUUUGUUUUGUUUGUUUGUUUUGAGAUGGUGUCUCAAUCUGUCACCCAGGCUGGAGUGCAGUGGCACGAUCCCAGCUCACUACAACCUCUGCAUCCCAGGUUCAAGCUAUUCUCCUGUCUCUGCCUCCCUAGCAGCUGGGACUACAGGCACGCGCCACCAUGUCAGCUAAUUUUUGUAUUUUUAGUAAGACGGGGUUUCACCAUAUUGGCAAGGCUGGUCUUGAACUCCUGACCUCGUGAUCUGCCCGCCUCAGCCUCCCAAAGUGCGGGGAUUACAGGUGUGAGCCACCGUGCCCUCUCCACAUCAGUUUUUCAAAAAAAAUUAAUCUUGUUUGUGCCACAAUGAAGAAGACUGACAGGUAACUGCAAAAACAAUAGUCAGGAGUUCGAGAACAGGCUGAUUAACGUGGUGAAACCCCGUCUCUACUGAAAAUACAAAAAUUAGGUGGGUGUGGUGGCGGGCGCUUGUAAUCCCAGUUACUCAGGAGGCUGAGGCUGCAGUAUCGCUUGAACCUGGGAGGCGGAGGUCGCAGUGAGCCAAGAUGGGGGCAACAAGAGCAAAACUUUGUCUCAAAAAUAAAUAAAUAAAUAAUAAAAUACAUCAAGCCCCUUCUCUUCCUCUCUCCUCUCGUGGUGUGUACUUGACUCCCCUUCUCGCCAAAUCUUCUCACAGGACUUUCAGAUUUAAGCAAUUCCUGGCCAAGAAACAAAAGCAAAAUGGUUCCAUUCCCCAGUGGAUUCAGAUCAAAACUGGUAAUAAAAUCAGGUACAACUCCAAAAGGAGACAUUGGAGAAGAACGAAGCUAGGUCUAUAAGGAAUUGCACGUGAGAUGGCACACAUAUUUAUGCUGUCUGAGCAUUACAAUCACGUUACCUUAUCAAGCUGAAAAUGUCACCACUAUCUGGAGAGUUGGACAUGUUUUAUUGGGAAUAUAUUUUUUCUCUCUGAAUCUGUUACGGACACAUCGGUUGGGUGGGUUCAAUAAUAAAUAUGUGAGACUUUUCAUUUCAAAAUAAAAAAGGCAAAUGAUGUAA